AUUAAGUAUCGGGAAAUGGGACGGGGCUCAAGUAAACUUUCGGGCGAGCAGAUAAAGGAAUUGACAGAAAUUACCUAUUUUGACAAAAAAGAAGUUCAACAAUGGCAUAAAGAUUUUCUCAAGGAUUGUCCAAACGGAUCUCUAAGAAGAGACCAAUUCGAAGCAAUUUACCAACAGUUUUUUCCACACGGUGAUCCUUCAAAGUUCGCUCUAGCUGUCUUUAACGUCUUUGACCAAAAUAAAGACGGUGUUAUUGAGUUUAAAGAAUUCUUACAUGCGCUUAGCGUCACAUCUCGAGGAACUCUUGAUGAGAAAUUGGACUGGGCAUUUAGUUUGUACGAUUUGGACGAUGAUGGGUAUAUUGAUAGACUUGAGAUGAUAAGUGUUGUCGAAGCUAUACAUGCAAUGGUUGGUUCUUUCCUGCAAAUGCCUGAUGACGACGAUUCACCAGAGAAGAGGGUUGAUAAAAUAUUCGAUCAAAUGGAUAUGGUAUGUAUUUCUCGUUUUCGUGAGCUUUUUUAACCUGGUAUUUCUCUUUAUCUUCUCCUUCUAUCUUUAUUUUUUUUCUUUCUCUUUAGUUUGCCUCCUUAUUUCUCUCUCUUCUUCGUUUUCCACUUCUAAUUUACUUUUGAAACUUAAGAUAUCUUGAUAAAAAAUAUCUUUCUAACUGACUGUUACUGUCUAUAAAGGUCGACUCUCUUAUUCGUUCUCCCCUCCCCCUCUCCAUCGUUUUAUCUAUCCCUUCCGCUUUUCUCUCUCUGUUUAUGCGUUCUCUCAAUUAGUCUAUUAUCAAUUUUAUUCUUUCUGUCCUAUCUCUAUCCUCACACUUUGUAAGAGAGUAUGUAUGCUUGUCUCUGCUUGUUCUCUCCCUUCUUUCCUCUCCCCCCCUCUCUCUCUCUCUCUCUCUCUCUUUCUCUCUCAUAAUCAACUUUACUUAAACUGACCUAAGGCGAGUAGAAUCUAAGUGAAUUUUCCUAUUCCAAGAAAAAUUCUAUUCGCGAGUAAUCGUAUAAACAAGUAUUCGAAAUUAAAUAUUCGCACUUUUAAAGCGUAACGUUUAUUUUAUUAUUGAACUAAAGAAGAGAGAGUGGAGAAAUAAGUUCUCGGGUGGCGAAACUAACGUUGAGACUCGACUAAACUAUAAUGCGAUGAUUGAUGAUUGCUAAUGAAAUCAACCUGCUUUAUAAAAGGGAUACCAAAGCUAUUUGCAUAUAUUUGCAGUUGAGUGCUAUUGUAAAGUUUAUAUUUACAAUCUUUUUUUGGUUUUUUAAUAGAAUCGAGAUGGUAAAUUGACGAAAGACGAAUUUCGGCAAGGUUCAAAAUGUGAUUCGUGGAUUGUUAACGCCCUUAGUACUCAGCUUUCACCUUAUCAACCGCCUCCAACUGCAGGUCAGGUACUCGCUCCAAAAUUGCAAGCGGAAGUCGCUAGGCAAACGAAAAAGUCCAAGAACCGUAAAUAGGUUAAUUAGAAGAAAUAAAGAAAGUAACUGCUCAUUUUAUCAAGUAGAAUUGAGAAUAACUAAUAAAGAAAGCAGACGGACUACUCAAGCAAACUGAACAGAAUGAAUAAAAGAUGGAAAAACGUUUGUCUUCAGUUGUUUUCUUUAAAACAUAAACAAAUAUUAAAAAGGGAGAAAAUUACAAAAGAACAAAGUGAACAAGUUGAAUAGCAAACGAAAAUCCGAUCAGUCCACAUGUAUAAUUUCUACUACUGUGCAUGUGAUAAUGUAGGUUAAUUUAUGCAUAAAUUUAUGACUUGAAAUUUGUUUCUUACUCGUAUUCUCUUCUUGGAAUACAAGAUAUAUACAAAAGAGAAAAGUCUGUUUGUACUGAAUAGCUGGCGGUGAAGAGACAAGAGAAUUAUCUAGAAAAAU